CUGGAAACUAUCGAAAUCGGUCUGGACUGUCUCCACAACAGCGAACAUUUUCGGUCUAGUGGUUUUUACACGAGCGGGGUGUGAGUUGGGAACAGGUAUGGUACAUGAGGGCCGCGGUUCGAGCCCCUGUGCCAGCAGCUCCCCGUCCAAUCCGUUUGAUGCCGUUAUGCAACCCGAGCGGAACAUGGGAUACUCUUCUUGUUGCUCUUCGUUUCCAUUCUUUCCUCCCUUGCUUCCUCCAGUCUCAAUUGACCACUGUUCAAGGCGGCAAUGCAACCCUUCGUUACCCCUCAGUAACCCCACUUGAUGUCGUGUCACGUCGAUCGUGAUGCCUCCUACAACAUUCAGUAAUGUAGGUCACGUUUCCACCUCUAUAUAAGCCUGUC